AUGUACGUACGUAGCUGUGUACAGGUUUAUAAAUCUGAAAAACUAAGGAAAGAUCGAUGUACCACCCUCAAUUGCGAGGACAUAGACACCGGCCAGUCGCACCUCAUCCCGGCAGAGCUCAACUUCCACCUCCUCUCAUACGUCUCGCCGCAGCUCACCAUGGAGUACUUCUUCGAGCAGCAGCCGCCGGUGCAGUUUGAGCAGCUGGCUUCCACCAGCCACCAGGCGAUGAGCAAACUGCCUGACUACUAUCCCGCCACCACCGAGAUGUACCUCCACGGCGUUCCGAGGACCAGGUCCUUGUUCGGCGCCGCAGACGACGAGUUGACCUGCUUGGUCGAGAGCUCGCCGAAGCCACGGGCCAGGAAGCGGAGCCUCUGCGGCAUCAUCGGCGGCCAUGGCAGUGGCGAGAAGAAGGAGAAGCAGCGCCGGAUGCGGCUCAGUGACAAGUUCACCGCCCUCAUGAUCCUCAUCCCCAACCGUACCAAGGAGGAUCGGUCCACGAUAGUCGGCGACGCGAUUGAGUACAUCCAAGAGCUGGGGAGGACGGUGGAGGAGCUGUCGUUGCUGGUGGAGAAGAAGAGGGAGCACCAGGAGGACGUGGUGGACGCCUCGGCGGGAGAAUCGGAGAGCUCCGUGGGCGAGGCGGCAGUGGUACCGAUCCGGAGCACGUUCAUCCAGCGGAAGAGCAUGGAGACGUCCGUGGACGUGCGGAUCGUGGAGGACGAGGUGAACAUCAGGCUCACCAACAGCCGGAGCGACGGGUGCCUCGCCGCUGCCUCCCUCGCGCUGGACCACCUCGGCCUCGACCUCGUCCACCUCUCUGGCGGCAAGAUCGACGAUUGUCACGUCUACAUGUUCAACACUAAGAUUCACCAAGGAUCUCCGGUAUUUGCAAGCGCAGUGGCCAGCAAGUUGAUAGAACUCGUGGAUGACUACCACCUAUCUUCUUAGGUCUUAGUCUACCAAUGCAAGUCACUCUGCAUUGCUUUCUGCUAGCCUGGGUUCUUGCCUUCUUCGACAUCUGCAUGAUCAGUUCUUUGGUCCGUUUUGAUGAUUUAUAUGUAUGCAUUGAUGUUUUGAUAUGUCAGGGUGGAACAUCUAAUUCUCUGAAUUAUACGUGAGACGAGAACAUAAGGUUGCACUUGCAGCAUCA